AUGCCAACCCCGAACAUCUCCACCUCUGCAGCUAAAGGCUUCCGCAGGGCGGUGUCGGAGCUGGACUCCAAGCAAGCUGAGGCCAUCAUGUCUCCACGGUUCAUUGGGAGACGUCAGAGCCUCAUUGAAGAUGCCAGGAAGGAAAGAGAGGCUGCGGCUGCAGCCACUGAUGCCACAGAGUCCACAGAGACCAUUGUAUUCGAGGAGAAGGAUGGGAGAGCCAUGCUGAACCUCUUCUUCAUGCUCAAGGGAGCCAAGACUUCUCCACUGUCCCGUGUCCUUAAGGUAUUUGAGACAUUUGAAGCUAAAAUUCACCACCUGGAGACCAGGCUUAGCCGAAAGCGCCGUGAAGGGAUCGCUGAGCUGGAAUACUUUGUGCGCUGUGAAGUCCACAGCUCUGACCUCAAUACUUUCAUUAGCUCCAUCAAGAGGGUAGCAGAAGAUGUAAGGACCACUAAGGAAGACAAAUUUCACUGGUUUCCCAGAAAAAUCUGUGAAUUGGACAAGUGCCACCAUUUGGUCACCAAGUUUGACCCUGACUUGGAUCUGGAUCACCCGGGCUACUCUGACCAAGUAUAUCGCCAGAGAAGGAAAUCAAUAGCAGAGAUUGCUUUUCACUAUAAGCAUGGGGACCCAAUCCCUCAUGUGGAGUACACGGCGGAGGAGACAGCUACCUGGAAGGAGGUGUACAGCACCCUGAAGAGCUUGUACCCCACCCAUGCCUGCAAGGAGUACCUUGAGGCUUUCAGUCUACUGGAGAAAUUCUGUGGCUACAAUGAGAACAACAUCCCUCAGCUGGAGGAGGUUUCCCGCUUCCUGAAAGAGAGGACCGGCUUCCAGCUCCGGCCGGUGGCCGGCCUGCUGUCAGCACGGGACUUCCUGGCCAGCCUGGCCUUCCGCGUCUUCCAGUGCACGCAGUACAUCCGUCACGCAUCCUCACCCAUGCACUCCCCCGAGCCGGAUUGCUGUCACGAGCUGCUGGGGCAUGUCCCAAUGCUGGCUGAUAAGACAUUUGCCCAGUUCUCUCAGGACAUUGGGCUGGCAUCUCUGGGAGCAAGUGAUGAAGAAAUUGAGAAACUAGCAACGCUUUACUGGUUUACAGUGGAGUUUGGGCUCUGCAGACAGAAUGGAAUAGUCAAAGCCUACGGAGCCGGGCUCCUCUCUUCCUAUGGCGAGCUCAUACACUCCUUGUCAGAUGAACCAGAGGUGAGGGACUUCGACCCUGAUGCUGCAGCUGUUCAGCCCUACCAGGACCAGAACUACCAGCCUGUUUAUUUUGUGUCUGAGAGCUUCAGUGAUGCCAAAAAUAAAUUGAGGAGCUAUGCGGCGCACAUCAAGCGGCCCUUCUCGGUGAAAUAUGAGCCCUACACCCACAGCAUCGAGCUCCUGGACAGCCCCCAGCUGAUCUGCCACUCCCUGGAGAGCGUAAGGGAUGAGCUUCACUCGCUGAUUAAUGCGCUCAAUGUUAUCAGUUAA